UCGCAUAACCGCGUGGAAGUUUCCACCCAAUCACAAACUUCCCCACUUUCUCAUUCUUUUAAUACUACUGUGCCAUCUACCCCUCUAUAUAUAAAGACUUCACGCCAUUUAAAAACACACGGCAAUUCAAAACUUCAAACACAAUUACAAGCUCUCAAAACUCUCAUCAACAAUGGAACAACUCCCACCUGGUUUUCGUUUCUACCCAACUGAAGAAGAGCUCAUUUCCUUUUACCUACACAACAAGCUUGAAGGGAAGAGACCUGAUGUGCAACGAGUUAUCCCAGUCAUCAGCAUUUAUGACAUAGAGCCUUGGCACCUUCCAAAACUUUCAGGAGAGAUGUGUCAAGCAGACACUGAGCAAUGGUUUUUCUUUACACCAAGACAAGAAAGAGAAGCUAGGGGAGGAAGACCCAGCAGAACUACAGAAUCUGGGUACUGGAAAGCAACAGGCUCUCCUGGCUAUGUGUAUUCGUCAGAUAAUCGUGUGAUUGGAGUGAAGAAAACCAUGGUUUUCUAUAAGGGGAAGGCACCCACUGGAAGAAAAACCAAAUGGAAGAUGAAUGAGUACAGAGCCAUUGAAGAAGUGCCAAGCUCAUCUAGCACCGUAGUUCCCAAGAUUCAUUGUAAAUUGUCUUCACUCUUCAAGGCGGGCAUGGUGACAGUAGAAGAUAUUAAGACUUGGUCAAGAUUCAAAAGGACUUCAACCAUCAAAACAAAUGACUCUGCAGCCUGACAAUAGAACAUGAUGGUAAUGACAAUAUGUAACUCUGCAGUUACUUUCAUAUUUUCAGAUUCAUCACAAAUUGUCUUCAGGGGUGGCAUAGUGAAAGUAACUCUGCAGUUACUUUCUUUUUUUUUUUCUUUUUUUUUUGCAUAGUUAUAACUGUUCUGUGCAAAAAAAAAGGUUACUUUUCUGAUUUAUAUUCACAAAAGAAUAAAAGAUGGCCAAAAAUAUAAUUAUAGAAAGGCUGAAAUUCAAAUUAGUCGCUUGACUUUUACUUCAAUUGUCAAAUAAGUCCUCCAUCCAAAUUUUGUUAGCAAAUGAAGUUGUUCAACUUUUUUUUUAAACAAACCAAACAACAAGAUCUAUUAAAUGCCACUUCUCAUGAAUGUUUUCAGUUUUAUAUAUAUAUAUAUACACACACACACACACCUUUUUUUUUUCUUUUUAUUUAAGGAUGCUCAAACAUCAUUGUUUGCCAACAGAUUUGAAUGGAAUGCCACAUUGACUUAUUUUAACAAAGUGAGAGACUAAACUGACAAAAAUUAAACUUUAGGGACUAAUUUGAAAUUGAAGAAAAAGUCAAGGGACUAAAUUGAAUUUUAACCAAAACUUUCCAGGUAGAAGCAACUUGAUUGGGUGACUGGGUCAGCAGAAUAGCAUGAUGAAAGUAUAGAAAUUCAUAUUCUCUUUUCUUACAAUCAAUAACAAGAGGUAAGAAAACAUGAUAAUUAGCAACGCCAUAUAUGGACGGUAAUCAUCAAAAGAGU